AUGAUCCGAGAUCCCGCUUUCAACACCUUGUUCGCCCCUCAGUUCGCUCCACCGUGGGGCUCGACGGCGGUCAAACAAGCUGGUUACCUCAUUCCACUGAAUGCGGUAAAGGAGGAGAUCCCCUCGGCAGAGGUGCAAGGCCAUCUAGAUCGACAUGAUCUCAAAUCACCAGCUGAAAAGCUGCAAGAUUACUGCCACGGUCAAGCCCUCGUCGAAGGAUCAUGGUACAAUCUCCCGCAAGCCAUUUCCCGAGCCUCUAAAUUAUCUCUGCGUGACUAUUUCCCUCUGCCCCCUUUCGUCAUUGACGAUCCAGAGACCCAUGUGGUGCCGUUGAGAGGCAAUCGGUUGGGGAACGGCCGCGGAAUGCAAAUCAUUGAUGAUGAUGAUGAUGAAGGAGACGAGGAUGGCGAUCUUGCCUACGGAGGUGAAGCUUUCCUUGAGACAAGAGAAUGGGACGAAGACGCUACGCCUGUUCUGUGGUAUGAUUCAAUGGUCAGAUGUGAGAAAGCUCUGCCCUCCAGGGACAAUGAGGCAGGAGAAGACGUAUUAGAGGUGAUGAUGGAAGAUCCCAACAUGGCUGCUUACUGAGGCGACGGAAUGCUAUUGCAUAGAAGUGGCUCUCGUGAGCUAUCAAGAGUCUGCCUACGAGGACAUCUUUCUACAGGGAAAGCUCAAUGGCGGCUUUGACACAGUGUCAGGAAGCGACAUGGUAAUACGUAUAAAUCAGGCUCGUUGUUCAUACCCCCUUGGACUCAAGCAUGCCCUUUUGUAUAGGAUAUACAUAAUGCACUUUCACGACACAC